UCGAGAAAGGACGGUUCUUUUAUACCUCAAUUGAAAGAACCACAACCCCACAUUACACAUCCUAUAGUGUGUAGAGUAGCGUUCGAUUGCAACUUGCCUCUUUCUUUGAAGAUGGCGCAAAAGGAUGCAUUCCGUUUCGACUUUGCAUUUCAGAUCUAAGCCUGAAGAAAUGUCGAUGUUCGCCGGAAUGAAUAGGGUUUGACGAGCUCAGGCCUCAUCCUGAGCACUGCCAGGUCGGCUUCUAGGGGUCGCUGACGGGACCGGACCCCAGCUGCACCCACCAUGACUCCCAGGUCCUCCACCAUGACCCCAACUAUGAAGCAGUGGAGGCAGCUGGUUCUGGUGGUGAUGCUGGCCUGGCUCCUCAUCUUCCUGGCCCUGCUCUCCCACUUCCUGGACCCCCGGGAUGUGGAUCUCCGCUUGCCCUCCUCGCUCACCCACACCGAGACCCGCCGUCUGGCCUCCAUCCAGGGUAGUCCAUCGGGCAUCAGGGCUUCUCCUCUUGAGGUGACAUCCUCAUCUUCACCCGCCAACCAGGAUCCCAGCCACAGCCAACAGGGAAAAAAGGAGGCCCUGGAGCUGAGCCAGAAUGGUGACUUGGUGGUCUGGAAAAAGGUGAGCGACCUGGAGGAGAGGGUGUAUCAGGAAAGGGAAGAGAAGAUAAGGAGGGAGAGACUGAGAAGGAGGAGGAGGAAAGGGAGCUUGUCCAGGGCUGAGCAGCGGGGCAGAGACGGCUACUAUUUAUCCCAGUCCAAGGUAGUGGUCCAGCAGCUGCGAAGGGGCAUUGCCUCAGCGGGAAUGCUCGCUCCACACCUGCAGAAGUCCAUGAGGGACUACCUGAAUCUCAACAGGCAUCACGUGGCCUACAGGGGGCGGCGCAGGGGUAGGCAGAGCGGGAGGGAGGUGCUCUGUGAACUGAAGGAGCAGGCCAGGUUGAGGACACUGGAUGGGACAGAGCAACCCUUCUCUGGGCUGGCCUGGGACAGGCUAGUGCCCCCACGACCUCUGGAGCAGCUUUGGGGCCAGGGGUCAAAGUUCAAGUCGUGUGCGGUGGUCACCUCGGCUGGGGCUAUCCUCAACUCUUCCCUAGGGAGAGAAAUUGAUUCCCAUGAGGCUGUGCUUCGCUUCAACGCUGCUCCUACAGAGGGCUAUGAGAAUGACGUGGGCAACAAGACCACCAUCCGCAUCAUCAACUCUCAGAUACUUGCCCGGCCCAGGCAUCACUUCACCACAAGCUCUUUGUAUAAGGGUAUGACACUGGUGGCCUGGGAUCCUGCACCGUACUCUGUGGACCUGCCCAGGUGGUACAGGAACCCAGACUAUGACCUGUUCACCCCGUAUGAAGAGCGCCGGCGUCUCCACCCCACACAACCGUUCUACAUCCUCCACCCCAAGUUCAUCUGGCAGCUGUGGGACGUGAUCCAGGGGAACACCCAGGAGAACAUCCAGCCUAACCCCCCGUCCUCUGGGUUCAUAGGCAUUGUCCUGAUGAUGUCGCUGUGCGAGGAGGUCCAUGUCUAUGAGUACAUCCCUUCUCUGCGUCAGACAGACCUGUGCCACUACCACGAGCACCACUACGACGCAGCCUGCACCCUUGGGGCAUACCACCCCCUGCUCUUUGAGAAGCUACUGGUCCAGAGGAUGAACAGCGCCUCCCAGCACGACCUCAAAACCAAGGGCAAGGUCACGCUGUCGGGGUUCAGCGCGAUCAACUGUGGGCCAUGACCCCUGACCUUUGACGACCUAUGGCCAUCAAGAGACAGAGAGUGCCGAUACUAAUCAAGCGACUGAAGUGGCUAAGUUGAGUCAGCACCGUCGUCGGUGGGCCAUGAUCUGGCUUUUGACCUUUGACCUGGACUGCUGUCUGGAAAAUCAGGAUGAAAGUGAAGAGGAGGAGAGUGUUGCCACUACUAAUCAAUCUUAGGCUGUAGAGGCUAAGCGAGCAUGCUCGAGAACUGCCUUUGUCACAAUGGAUAGUGUCAAUUGUUGAAAGGAGGAGGGGGGGUGGGUUUAGGGAAUGUGGAUAUCAUGUUGUUGUAUUGUGUAAUGAAGUAGUCCUUCAGGGAUGUAUUCCUACUGGAGAGAUGGGUCAUCUUUUUAAGGUAUUGUUCUUGUGACACAAUGUUGCACAUGAGAGAGGUCUGGGUAUGAAUGUGGAAAAGUGAUCUAUAGAUUCAAAUAUUGAACAUCGGUCAAAGGCAUGUUUUUCUGAUUCAACGAAUGAGGUGCAUUGUCACGUUUAGAAACAUUGAAAUAGAGAAUUGAAAAGAUGCAGUUCAAAAAGCAUGCUGUGUUCCUUUUGGUAAAAAAAAUAUAUAUUGCAGACCUCAUUUGAGAAAUUCAGGGAUAGUAGUGUAUGUCGGUCUAGGAGGGAAAACAACCACUUUUCACUUUUUUGUUGUUGUUGCAUGAACCAGUCAACCUAACCACUGAUCUGUGUGUAUGUGAGUAAGGAACUGAAACUUUCUUAUCAGUGUUCUCUAAAGUUACUGUACCUCAACGACCAGAUGGUAAAACUAACAGCAGUUACUGUUCCUGGCCUUGAUAUGAUUCUACAGCCACACUGUGUAAAUAUAAUGUAAAUGUGGUUUGUUUGCCUGUAGAAGUCUGGUCAAGUGUGAUGCAAUGAAUGUAGCUAUGAAUAGUUUGAGGCACAUUUAUUAAAAAAUAUAUAAAAAACAACCUUUAUUUAACUAGGCAAGUCGGUUAAGAACAGAUUCUUAUUUACAAUGUUGGCCUACCCCGGCCAUGCCUGGUCUGCGCCGCUCUAUGGGACUGUAGUGACGCCUCUUGCACUGAGAUGCAGUGCCUUAGACCGCUGCGCCACUCGGGAACACAGCGGUCUAAGGAUUUUGGCAAUGGUGAUAUAGACUUGAUAACGUGCCAAAUGUUUCCUGUGUGAAGUUUACUGUUAGUUAACACUACGUCUUCUAGGAGUUAACCACUACAAAAGCAAAGCAGAGGCCUCAGCUUGGAAUAAUAUAAAUGGACAGAAUGUCCUUACGAUGAUUCACUUGUUUUUUUUUUUAUUGGGAAUGGAAUGCACCAAACACAGCAAUAGAAAUGUCAUUUUUCUUUUGAAUGAUUUUUUUUGAGAAGUGUUUGCUGAUCUACUGUUGAGGGUAAACACUAUAAUAUUCACACCUUUUGGGAUCUUUAAACAAAAAUCAUGUUGUUUUUACAGAUAAUUUUCUAUAGCCAGAAUCAGUUUGUACUGAACAUAAUUUGUUAGUUUGUAUGAAAUUUGUAUUUCUUUUCCAUUGUUUUCUACUUAAACUGUUGUGAAUAAAGAUAUUGUACUUGC